GGAAGAUGAUGGAGCAAAUAAAAUAUCAUUGGAAUGCAACAAAAUGUAAAGAGGAAUUAAAAAUCUUACAGCGAUACAGUAACAUCGGACAUAUGAUUGCAAUUAUGGUAGCAACAUUGUUCUAUUCAUGCAUAUACAUAUUCAUAACGAUGCAAAUUUUUCCCAAAAUCCUUGAUGUAGUGGCACCUUUAAAUGAAUCACGUCCAUACGAACUUUUAGCUAUAGCCACGUUUUUUUUCGAUCAAGAAAAAUAUUUUGUUCCAAUAUUUGUGCACAUGACAGUGGCACUUUCAGUAGAAAUAACUACGAUAGUGGCUACAGAAACAAUAUGUUUGAUAUAUAUGCAACACGCUUGUGCUCUAUUCAAAAUUGCCAGUUUUCGCAUAGAGCAUGCAUUUGAUUGCAAGAUACACAUUACUGUGGCGAAGAAAAAUAUGAUAUAUUAUACAAAUAUAAUCAACGCGAUAAUUAUUCACAAUCAAGCUAUCAAGUUUUUCGAGUAUCUCAAUUCCCACUUCGAGAUAUCUUAUUUCAUAUUGCUUGUGUUAGGUGUAUGUUCUUUAAGUAUCAAUCUCUUUCGUCUUUUUUUAGCAGGAUUUAAGAACAAAAUGGAAGAAUUAAUUGCGGCUGGACUAUUAGUUUUUUGUCAUUUUAUUUAUAUGUUUAUAAGUAAUUUUGUGGCACAAAGAAUAACAAACAGCAGUGCCGACAUAUUUUAUAAAACAUGCGAAUUGCCUUGGUAUUCCGUUUCUGUUCAAUUGCAAAAACUGCUCCAAUUCAUAAUGCAACGAAGCAUAAAAAGCUGUAAAUUUACAAUGCUCAGCUUAUUCGACGCAUCGCUUGAACGUUUUGCUUCGAUGCGAAACCUUAUGGAACAAAUGCGACAUGACUGGAAUAAUUUAAGCAACACACAGGAAAUAGAAAUAAUAAAAAAAUACUGGGCUAUUGGACGAUUCAUUACAUUAAUUACGACAUAUCAACAAAAAUAUUUUUUACCACUUUUAUUACACAUAUUUCUGGUUGUUUUGUGUGGACUAACUACAGUGGUAGCCAUCGAGACGCUUAACAUGUCAUAUGUUCAACAUGCGUGUGGAUUGUUCCAAAUAUCAAGUUAUCGCAUAGAACAAGCAUUACAUAAAAACAAAGUGUUACAAGGUGUUACAUCCUCUGCCGAAAGAAGUUUAAUUGUACAUGAAGGGAUAAGCAAUGCGGUCAUUAUGUACAAGAGAGCAACAAAGUUUAUAAAUAUGUUGAAGGCAAAUUGCAAAUGGCAAUAUUUUAUAUUAAUUCCGUUUGGAGUACUGUCGUUAAGUAUUAAUCUCUAUCGUUUUUCUCAACUGGUAAUAACCAAUGAAUAUUACGAACUGAUCAUUAGUAGUCUGUUUAUCGUUGGCCAUUUUUGGUAUAUGCUCUUCUGCAACUAUUUAGGACAGGAAAUAAUCGAUCAUAGCGGCAAUAUCUUUUACAGAACAUACAACACAGAAUGGUAUAUAGCGCCAUUAAAGGCGCAGAAAUUAUUGUUGUUUGUAAUGCAAAGGAGCAUGCGACAUACUACGUUCGUUAUUGGUGGUUUGUUCGUUCCGUCGUUUGAAGGAUUCGCCACGGUAGAAUCCCUUAUAAUAAAUUUCUUGUCAAAAAUACAUUUCUUUUAAACUUCCUAGAUGAACAAUUCUGUUUUAGCUUACGAGCAUGUCAAUUUCAUACUUUACGGUGAUCUUCUCCACUCGUUGAUCGUCGUCCUUCCCGCGA